AUGUUUACGAUCACUGAGUAUUUUCAAACAAGAUGGCAGUUUAAUCCAAGAACACUACACUAUAUAAAUGAUAAUCGAUCAAAAUCUUUAUGGAUUACUAAUUUUGAAGGUGUCACCUCCUUAUUUGGUUAUGCAUCAAUUUACUUCUUCAAUUUGAGUUCAUCACUUAUAGUUCGAUCUUAUUUGUCAACAGACACCAAUAAUGACAGUAAUAAUGGAAUUACAUUUAAUCUGUGCUUUCAUGAUCCUAUGCUCAAUAAGUUGUUUCCACUCACUAGGUGGUAG